AUACUGUUAAUAGAUACACACUUAUAAUGAAUUAUAAUAUAGAAGACCUAGUUUAAUUCGAGAACUUACAAAGUAUCACGAAAGAUGCAAACUUCCGCCUAUCGUUCGCUCGAUCGGCUGCAGCCUGAGUUUUGGCAAUAAACCCAGACACUACUACUCAAGGUUCUACGGCCGAACUGUCGUGAAGUCUAGAAGACGGUUAAUAGGAAAGCCACACGUUUAAUUCAUCUGCGUUCUGGUUGAACUGACGCGGUAUCAUUUAAUGCUUUUUAUUUACGUUCUAAAGGAUCUUGUGCACACAAAAUGUCUGGCGAUAACGUUUUCUUACCGGUGUGAAAAGCAUGCUUAACAUGAGGUGAUAUUUCUAGUCGUAGAAUACAAGGACAGAGUGGAUGAAGCAGUGAAAUGUUAUCCAAUGAUAAUUGGAUGGUUCUCCAGAUCUUCUAGAUGGAAAACAUCAGCAACCCUAACUUUACGUGGACAACGUCCACUAACAAAACGGAUCGAGGAGGCCAGAACUGUGAGGAAUGGGAAGACGCUCAACACGUGCUCUUCCAGAUAGCCAACUUGUGUUUUGCUGUGGCAUUUCUAGUCCCGCCAAAAUUUCGACUUAGUGUACUGCUCAUGCGUGGGGUCUUAACUAUUGGGUUCCUGUUCGUCACAUUAUGGGCUGGUGUCAACAUCUGUGCUCCAGAUAUCUUUGCGUGGAAUGUGACUUUUAUGUUGACAAAUUUUUUUCACACAAUUUUCCUAGCUUAUAUCAACAUUCCACCUAGAAUUCAUCCAGAGUUGCUGGAGUUGUACAACAAAGUCUUCACACCGCUCAAAGUUGACAAAAAAAAUUUUAAAGACUUGGUAGGCUGCGCAGAGAUUUUAUCACUGAAACCUGGGGAACAUUACGGUACAGAAGGAAUGACUGUGGCUGAUGAACAACUGUCCAUUCUUUUAAGUGGAAAAAUGAAGGCAACUUGUGAAGACAUACUCCUUCAUUAUCUCCAUCCCAACGAAUUCAUUGACUCCCCGGAGUGGGAAGCCUGUACCUUAGACAGCGAUAGACUUUUCCAGGUUACUCUCUCGGCAAUAGAACCUUGCCGUUACAUCCGUUGGCCCAGGAGGGAACUUGAGCUUUUUUUAAAUAACAACCCUUUCAUGAGAGUUAUUCUUCGUAAUCUUAUUGGAAAAGAUAUUACUCACAAACUCUACUCUCUCAACGAGUAUCACCGACCUGAAGGAAAGCGAAUAAGAAGUCCUUCAGCAUCCGACUGGUGGCGUCAUCAGAUUCCAAGAAGUUUUAGCGUCGACGCAGUUCACACUGGAACUAAAGGACACGUGAGAUCACUGUUAUGGACAUCACGUGAUCGCCGGACAAGCACCGCCCCUUCUGAUAGUAUAGGUAGUACUUCUUCCAACGUCACCAUAGUUCUUCCUCUCUGCACGCCUAUACGUAAGAUUAGUGUGGCUUAAUAAGUUCAAGUCACUUACGAAUAAACUAAAAUCACCAAUAUUUUUUCCCACAACCUAAGUGAUCACUGUAGAAAACUAGACGAGAUAAACAAAUUAAAUAUACAGUUAUAAUGUAAAAU